UCUUCAAUAAGAAGAUUUUACACCAAACUUCACGUGAGAAAUAAAAAAGUCGAAAUAUCUUUGUUUUUCAGUUAUUCUUAAGUCACGUACACAAAAAUAAGCGAAAAUGGCAGAAGUUGUGAACGAAAGGAUAGAAGAAAUGCUGCCAGAGUUGGAGCAGAUGGAGAGAGUUAAAUUAUUCAAGAAACGUGAAAUAAGACAAAUCACUAGUAGGAGGAAGAUAUAUGAGUAUAAACUUAAGAGAAGACAGAAAGUUAAAGAAGAUUUUCUACAGUAUAUACAGUAUGAGAUCAAUCUAUUGGCUUUGGUUAAGAAGAGAAGAGAGGGAACUGGUUAUACAUUCAAGAAGCUAGAGAUAGACCAUGCUAUUGUACAGAGAAUUCAUAAAUUGUUCAAGAUGUGUUUGUCCAGAUUUCCAGAGGACAUCAAGCUGUGGUUGACGUAUAUUGCUUUUGCCAGGAAAAGGAGAGAGAAUGCAGUAGUGAGUAAACAGUACAGCAAGAUGUUGCAAGUUCAUAACAAAAAACCAGAGCUGUGGGUUGCGGCAGCCAAGUGGGAGUUUGAACAUAACAACAAUCCAGAUACAGCUAGAAGUUUGAUACAGAGAGGUCUACGGUUUAAUGAACAGUCCAGAACACUCUGGUUAGAGUAUUACAGAUUAGAGCUGAUGUAUGCAGAAAAGAUGCUAAGGAGAAAGGAGUUGCUAGGUGACACAUUGGAGGAUGAAGAUGAAGUGUCAGAUGCUGUACUGCAAGGUCAGGUCGCUAAAGUUGUCUAUGCAAAUGCCAUUGAAACCAUUCCAGAAGAUGUAAACUUCCUGCUGUCAUUCCUGCCUAUAUGUCAGCUGUUUGAGUUUACCAGAGAUCAAGAGGAAACUAUAUGUCAAGAAUUGCGAGAACAUCACUCUGACCAACCUGUUGCCUGGGAUGCUCUGGCUAGAAGAUGUUUGGGCCGACAGGAUCAGCUUGCUGAAAAUGAUGGUGAAGAUCCAGAACUGAUGUUCCAUAAAGUAUAUGAAGAAGCAGUGAACACGGUGCCCUCAGAUGAGAUAUGGAGCUUGUAUAUCACAGCAUGUCUGGAGCUGCUGGCAAAGAAGUCCAAGAACUCUGUCAAGAAAAAGAGGUUGCAGAGAGUUCUACUUGUGUUUGAGGAGGCAAAAGAUGCUGGCUGUCUUGAGGCAAACCUGUAUCUGAAAUGGAUUGAUGUGUUAUGUGACACUGGUUGCCCAAGUAAAGCUCUAGAAGUGUCCAAAGAAGCUGUAGUGGCCAAUCCUAUGGUCUGUGAUUUAUGGCACAAGCGUCUUUCACUGUUGGUCACCAGCAAUGAGGCUACAGACAAGAUUCAGGAGGAACUGAAACAAGCUCAAAAUCUUCUACCACAAAAGGAGACAUGGCCCCUAGUACAGUUGGUGCUUGAAUAUACAAUUAGCAUUGAUGCUGCUGAUACUACUGUGAGAUUGCUUGAGAGUUCAAUGAUUGGAAGGUCAGAAGUUAGUACCCCUGCCAAGAACCUCUACCUGGAGUAUGAAUACCUCAAACAUGGUAUAGACCAAGCUAGGAAAAUCUACAAUAGGGUACAGCAGUUUAAGCCAGUAUGUGCAGAUUUCUACAAGGCCUAUAUCAGCAUGGAACUGGCACAGUCUAAACCUAAGAUGAAGAUUAUACGAUCAGUCUUUGAGGAGGCUGUCAGAGAACAUGGAUCACAUGAGCCAGAUUUAUGGUUAGAUUACAUCAAGCUGGAGUCAUCUCAUGAACACGGGAAACCAGCUAGUGUUGGAAACAUACAUUUCCGUGCUGUCAAAGCCUUGACUGGUACCCUGAAUCAAGAAUUUAUCAAGAAAUACACACUAUUACAAACAAGUGCCAGCUGAUUUAAAAUAAUACAGGAAUACUUGGCCAGUCAAUGAAAUACUUUCAGAUCCAAUGCCAAGGGUAAUGAUUAGGCUGAACAGUUUUUGAUAGUUUACGUAUCUGCUCAGACUGUGGUUGUAUUUUCCUAUCGGAAUAACAUAUUUUGUUGUCUUUGUAGUAAAAAUGCAGAAAAGGAGAUGAAUUUAUAACACAUUAAAAGUUUAGAAAAGGAGUUUUAUGCACAUGUGCAUGUUAAGAAGGAUAUUUGUAAAUAAAGUUACAGCAUC